AUGAAUAUGGCAGUCCGAGCGCUAGAAAAACUUCCUUUAGAUAUCAGGACGCUAGAGCUCCUUGAAAGGAAGUUGCUCAAGAAAUCCCUACCGGGAUUCCAGGAGCUAGCACAGCAGUACACAGCAGACGGUAGUUCGAAAUCGCUCGAGAGUAUAGUACAUCUCACUUACUUCCAUUGGUGCAACGAGGAUGCACCGCAUAUAAAAAAAUUCAGAGAACACUACGCAGAGCUGCGUGAUCACUGGCCCUACGAGUUCCAUCGUAGUAUCCUUUCAAUGGACACCCCUAAAACGCAGUCGAUACGCUUUUUAUGGAGUUCAAACAGCCCAAAAGUUCUCUCCAAGAUGAGCUACGAGAAGUAUGCGCAUGACACUGAGGAAAGGCCGAGCAGGCUCACGGAGCUACAGCGCACGGUACAAUUCCACGAGGUUUUCCAACAUUUCCUGUUUUUGAAGAGCAGACCGCACUUAUGCAAGACCCGCAAGGGCCUUGCGGUGCCUAUUGUUGAAAUACCGAUGAAGCCGCUUGGUCAAAACAUCCCUGAGGUUAGGGUUAGGAAUUUGUUCAAACGCAAGAUUGCGUAUGUUUGGAAAGUACUGGCGCUUGAUAGCCCGGCGCUUUCGAGACAAAACGAGUUGUCGCUCGCGAAGAUUAUCGACUCGCCGCAGCUGCCUGAGGAUGUCAGCAGCAAGCGAGAGCUGAAAAGGCUUUAUCAACGUGCAUGCAGAGGCGCUUACACGAUAGAGCAGCACCCCGUCUUAGGCCUGGAAAUUAAGGAAUCAAAACUACUUAAACGCUUGUGA